ACUGCCUUCCCCAUUGGGUCUCUGGGAAAGUCACAUGCUUUGUGGACCUUGAAAAGAAUCUUCGGAGGCCUCAGUCUCUCUCUGAGUCUCCUAAAUCCUGCCUAGAACCGUGUUCAACUAUCUCCUCCCACAAUGAGCAACAAAUUCUUGGGUACCUGGAAACUCAUCUCCAGUGAGCAUUUUGAUGAUUACAUGAAAGCUCUGGGUGUGGGGUUAGCCACCAGAAAACUGGGCAAUUUAGCCAAGCCUACGGUCAUUAUCAGCAAGAAAGGGGACUACAUAACUAUAAGAACUGAAAGUACCUUUAAAAAUACAGAGAUCUCUUUCAAACUGGGCCAGGAAUUUGAAGAAACCACAGCUGACAAUAGGAAAACUAAGAGUGUGGUAACCCUGGAGAGAGGCUCCCUGAAUCAAGUGCAGAAAUGGGACGGCAAAGAGACAUCAAUAAAGAGAAAGUUGGUGGAUGGAAAAAUGGUUGUGGAAUGUGUGAUGAAGGGUGUGACCUGCACCAGAAUCUAUGAGAAGGUUUGAGAAAAUCAUUUCCUCACUGCAGUAUUAUGUGAUCAUUUAAUAUUGAAAAUCAGUUUCUUCCGUUGUCAAGAUCUGACUAGAUCUAAAUUUGCUUGUUUGUUUUGGAUUUCAUCUUCAUCUAUCAGAUUGGCAAAGGCUUAAACUAAGGAUUAGUCUAAAGUUUACUGCUAUUUAAACAUUUUCAAUUUGCAUUGUGUGUUCUCUGUACUAAAACAUAUGCAUUGGCCACACCUAAACAGUUGAUAAUGUUAUUAAUUAUUCAUGAAAUUCAGACCUGCACUGUACUCUGAUUAUUUAAAAUUAUAAUUAAAAAAUAAUAGGACUGAAAGGAAGUAAACAUAUUGAUCAGGGGUAGCACACUCAAACAGCUUGAGGGACCAGGAGACUUACUAAGUAGGAGACUUAGAAUGAAGCAACUCAGAAGAAGGAGAUGUUUUAAAUCAAAGAUUUCAGUCUCAGCUGAAAUAAGCAGGCUCUAUUCCAGCCAGUUAUUUCUUAAGUUGAAGGGUAAUCCAUAGACAGUAAAAUGCAAAGAUAAUAAGAGCAGAGUUGAAUGCAUCACCAAAGAACUCAGGAUUGAGACACCAACAUUUCCGCCAUCCCAGAAAGCUUCUGCAUGUUUUGUCCCAGUCAAUGUCCUGACCUGUCAUAAGCACAAAAAACAAGUGAUCAGUAGUGAUUCAGUCCUAUCACCAUGGGUCAGAUUUGCCAGUUCAUAUUUAUAGGAUCACACAUUAAUAUAUUCAUUUCUGUUUGCCUUUUUAAACUCAGCAUAACAUUUUUCAAAUUCAUUCAUAUUGUUGCAUGAAAUCACAGUUUGUUCCUUUUUAUUGCCAAAUCAUGUUUCACUGUAUGAAUAUAUCAGUUAUCUAUCAAUCUUUCUGUUAAACCAUUCUGCUGUUACCAAUGUUUGACCACUGUGAAUAAAGCUGCUACAUUCUUAAACAGGA